UCUACAUCGCUCCCAUCCAUCACUCCCGCUGCGUUCACUGGUCAUCGUGUGUCAGAUCCCUGUGAGGCGGCCGCAGUUCUGAGUAACAUCAUGACACAUGAGGAUAAUCAGCCAGCAGCACGUGCAGAAUGCAGGUAGGUGUGUCUGAUCCUACGUGUCUCCCGUCCAGCGCCACGGUCACACCAAAGUGAGGGAUUCCAGCUCUGGUCCUGUCCUCAAAGGGCAUUCAGCGCUCCAUGUGGCCCAGCUCAGACUGCAUCCAACCAGACAACCAACCGAGCAGCCAGCUCGCUGGCCAAGUGGGAUGGUGACAGGGGGCCCUCAGAGACUGCCGCAGGGCAGAAGCGGAGCUCGUCGACUCUCCCGGACUCCUCGUCCUGAGCAGGUACCACAGAAGAAGUCCCGCAAGAAGCUCCAAGUGAUCAUCUGUGUGCUGCUUGUUGAGCUGUUUGAAAGAUUCACUUUCUUUGGGAUUGUAUGCAACAUGAUUCUCUUCUGCACGAUGAAACUGGGCUAUGAUAACUACCUGGCUGCGACAGUCAACCUGUGCUUUGUGGGGUGGAGCACCCUGACCCCUGUUCUGGUUGGGUGGUUUGCAGAAACCUGCCUGGGGAGGACCAAGGUGCUCUACCUGUGUGCUUUCCUUCAUUUCUUUGGCACCGCCAUGCUGCCCGUGGUGGCGUUCACGUUCGAAGAUUUCUACAUCGACAAUCAUCAGAUGAUGCACCAGCUGGAACCUCGGGAGCAGCAGAUCUUGUUCUACGUCGGCCUCCUGGCUGCUGUUCUGGGCAUCGGCGGCAUCCGGGCCAUCCUCUGCCCCAUGGGAGCUUACAGCCUGCAGAGCUACAACCAGCACCAGCUCCUGUCCUUCUUCAACUGGUUCUACUGGUUGGUCAACUUGAAUUCCACUGUAGUGUUUCUGGGUAUCGCUUACAUCCAGCAGUCUGUGGGCAAAAACCUGGGCUUCCUCAUCCCCUUCACCUCCGUGCUGCUGGCUCUGAUAGCCAUACACAUGAUGCGGAACAAACUCACGUAUAAACCCAAGAAAGGUGGGUCAUUACUGACCACACUGGGAGUUUUCCUGAACUCUCUCAGGAUGUGCUGCCUCCACUACCGGCACCUGAGCGGAGAUGUGGCCUCUUGGCUUGACCGGGCCAAAGAGCACAACGGUGGUCGUUACAGUGAAACACACGUGGAGAACGUGAAAGUCCUGGCGAAGCUCUUCCCUCUUUACGGGCUUCAGCUGCUGUACCGAGCCUGCAUCACACAGAUUCCCUCGGGUUACUACAUACAGACGAUGAACUCAAACCUCCACCUGAGCAACCUCCUGUUGCCCAUCGGCACCAUGAAUGUGAUCAGCAUCCUGCCUCUGCUGCUCUUGGCCCCGGUGAUCGAGUGUGUGACGACCUGCUACCUCUCCAUGGACAAAACUCCUCUGGCACCUGCAAAAGUCAUCACUCUGGGCCACGCCUGUGCCACUCUGUCGGUGCUGGUGGCGGGUUUGUCUGAGCUGCAGAGGAAGGCUUACCCUCUGGUGGAGCAGACUCUGUCUGGAAAGGUUCUGCAGGUGUCGUCCAUGCCGUGUUUCCAUCUGGCCCCUCAGUACAUCCUGCUCGGUCUGGCAGAGGCUCUCGUCACCCCUGCAUGUUCCCUCAUUUCCUUCCAGCUGACCCCGAGCCACAUCAGGGGGAUCUCCCUGCACUUCCUCACUCUGUCCUACGGAGGGGGCUGCUUCCUGGGAGCCUUCAUCAUUCAGCUGGUUUACUUCAUCUCUGGAGGUAACUUCUACCCAAGCACACUGCAUGAUGGGAAUCUGGAGAGGUUCUUCUUCCUCCUGGCCACACUGAUGGCUGUAAAUACCCUUGUGUGUUGGAGAGUGUCUUACAGGUACAUCGACCUGAGUGUUCAGGGUAAAGGACUGACCAUCAGCCCUCUGACUGAGAAGCUGCUGCACUACAAAGCCUGUCUGCGCUUCUACGACACCGUGGAUCGCUCCUACACAAACGCCUCCAUCGAAUCUAUUUUAUGACCAUCUUCAUGAUCAUUUUCUGUCAGUGGCGCUGGCGCUGCACGUUUCUGUGUCAAACAAUCUUAGCUGAGCUGAACUGUAUAAAUGAAAUACUGUAGAUGGAAUGUACAUAAUGUUCAAGUGUCAUAAUCAUGUCCAUCACUAUAUAUCAAGAACAUUUUAGACUGUCAUUUUACU